AUGGCGGAGGUCGAGAGCAGCGUCGCGGACGAGUCGUUGGCGCAGUCCGAGGCCCCCGACGAACAGCAGACCCAUAACAUGACGGUCGGCAUUCGGCGACAAGCCAAUGGUACGAUCGGCUCAGUUUAUUCGGGCAACAAAAUCCGGCACCUGAAGAAGGAGGAUGGAAUUCCUCUAUGGCGCAAGGACAUCCAGUACCAAUUUCUCAAGCUUGUCUUCGAGGAUACAACCCCGGUCUUCACCCGCUGGCCUGACGGGGAGAAAGGUCUGGACUUUGCCGACAUCUACAUCGAUGCUAUGGCGAGAAGCAGCAAGACGAGUAAGAUCUUGAAGGAUAAAUUGCAGAGUGAUAAGAAGGCGGCCAUCAGCAUGGCCAUGGUUUGCCUGUUGGUCAAUUUUGGACGCAUGAACACCACGCUCAAUUUUUUCCCCGAGAUGCGUGCUCAGCUGCGGACUUAUCACUCCAUUCCUUCACUGCAAGCGACACAGGACCCCAAUGCCUACAAACAGCUGCAGGACGCGCCUCGUCUCAAGUCGAUUCUCAAAGGCGCAUCCGAAGACGUUGACCAGCCCAACACGCUUGACAGAAUCAAACGUCAGCCAAAACCCCGCACUAACCCCGUCAAUCUGAUCUUUGUCCUGGCCCAAUAUGCCCCGAAGGUGUCGGAGAUGCACUUCUUCCCUCCCCGUGACUUCUUUGACUUGGUCAUGAGAGGUACACUCAGCAGUCGGAGCAGAGCCAAAGCUUUCCUGUGGUUGAUGUGGUGGUAUCUAGAAAGUGACUUCUCCGCACAGGCGGCACUUGACAAUCCCUUCGGCCCCGGUCUGGACGGUGAAGGCACCGGAGGUUUGCCUAUCAAGGUUCCUCAGUUUGAGAGUCUUACCGAAGAACAGGCAAACGAGGAGAAUGUGGAUACCCAAUCCGAACUCGACUACGGUGAAGCCAAGCGCUUGGAACGUAAACGUAUCCUCGAAGACGAUGAGCCACUACCCAGAGUGCCUAAGCGCUCUAAGAAAGGCCUGCCUGACUUCCUCGACGACGAAGCAUCAGGAGAUCUGUCUGGUCGCGGUGAUGGUCGCUUGUCCACCAUGUCCACCCCUCUGCAUCCAUCCACCAAGCGUCAUCCACUAGACGAUGAGGACGACUAUCAAACACCCGGACAGUCUGCACGCUCCCGGUCCAAGAGGCCCAAAAGAGAGUCUUCUCUCAACCGUUCUCUUGGUCAGCAGCGUCUCAUCUUAAGAACCAAGAUGGAAAACACACCUGACGCUGCUUCUCCAGCUCCUCCAGGCUCGGGCCACCCGAUCUUGAACCGAUUUGUUACCGAAACCACCCAGCCCACCUCCGCCCGUCGGCCACGACCUCUUACUCAACACCAGCUGGCUGUCGAGCAGAACCGUCGACAGCGGAUUGAAUACAUUCUAGCUAAGCGCAAGAGCGAGGCGUACCGCGUGUUGCGUGCGAAACGGGAAAGCGAGAUACCUAUUGUCCGCUAUGGUCGCCGUCUUUCGAAUCUCCCGGAAGGCUAUGACACAGAUGAAGAAGAGAAGGCCUGGGGCAAGGGUGGAUUGGUGCCGAAGCCCGACGAGGAAGAAGACUUCGGUGAAAGUGCUAGUUACUUCUUGUCUGUGAUCCGCAAGGCCGCCAGACGCUUGGAUCGAUGGGAUUACGAUGAUGCCAAUGGCCCUAAGCGUGAUCGCAAGGCAGAACGCGAGGAGCGCCAGAAAGCGAGGGAGAUGAGGCUUGCUAUGGACAACUCGGGUGACCUUGCUGGGCGCAUUCCAUCAUCCGCUCGUAGUCGCGCCCGUGCUGCUCGCAAUGCCAAGCGCAAGCUCGCCAAUGCGGCUGCCAGUACCCCAUCCGCCAAGGAGCCAGGCGCUGCCAGCUCCUCACGGUCCAAAGCUAACCGCAAUCGGUCCCAGCGCGAUGCCGAAGGCGCAGCAGCGGCUACCCCAGACGCAACCAAGGAUGGUCUGGAGGCACCUGGCCGUGACCAUGAACUCUCUCCAGUGCCUGGCUCGACCCACCUGGGCGAUGAUGAUGAAGGUGAGGAAGGACUAGACGACAUUGACCGUGAACUUCUCGGCGAGGGGAGCGGAGAUGAUGACGGCGCUCCGACACCAGCGGCUCGCACGUCUCGACCGGCAGAACCAGGCUACGAGGAUAGCUUUAUGGAGGGAGGCGAUGCAGAUGAGGACGCGGAAGGUCUCUCAUCUGAUGACAAUGACGACGAGGAAGUUGAUGACGAGGAUCUCGAUGAAGGAGAAGCGGAGGGGGACGCUGACGAGAAUUCUUCCACGCUCGAAGGCGGCAAUGGGUAUGCUGCCAGCGAGACCUCUUCGGUAGCCGGCGCGGAGGGCGACACAGUUCUAGCUGAUGAUAAAGACGAGACUAUGACCGAUAUCUGA